AUGCAGCUGACUCUUGGGCCCCUCUCUCUCGUUGCUCUCAUCAGCGCACUGCCGGCCGAGCCGGUGGCCCGCGCGGGCACGAGGUGUGGCUACACCUGGUACUACGACAGCGCCGUCGACGCCGCCUCGAGCGUGGCGUGCAGCUACGUGCGAAGGGGCCGUGGCACCGGCAACUAUCCGCACCAGUACAAGAACUACGAACACUUCCAGUUUCCAGGGACAGUCCCUCCGUACUACGAGUUCCCACUGCUCGCGUCCGGCAGAAUCUACGUGCACGGCAUGGCUGCCGGCCCCGACCGUGUCAUCAUCGCCUACAACCACAGGACGCGUUUCUGCCAGCCGGCCGGCCAGAUUACGCACACCGGGGCCAACGGCAACCACUUUGUCGCCUGCUCGGGCACGUCCUAG